AAGGUGGGCCCACCUUGAUUUAGAAAUUGGCAGUAGCCUCCAAGACAUCAAAUAUACAUAUAUAAUCCUAGUCAUCCAAUGGAGCUACGAAAGCGAAUGAAUGACCAUGACACAUUUGGGGGCUGGACCGCUGGACUGGGUGGUGGGUCUCUUUGGAAAGGAGAUCCAUUAGCAAAUAAGCAUGAUUGCUGGAGCUCACCUUCCAUUCAUCCCACACCUAAUUUCAUUCACAAGUGCUUAGAACAAAUCUCCCUUCUCAGUGGGUGGUCUAGGCAAGUAACUGUCGUGACAUGACAUUUGACAUCCGUCCUUUCCCUCUCUCUCUCUGUCUAGACUAUAGAAUAGCAAGUAUAAAAAGGAGAAGCCUCGGGCGCUGUCGUUGGACAGGAAAGGGGGAGCUCAGGCCUCAAGAAGAAAGAGCCCGCGCCACGCCACGCCACGCCGCCGUGGACAUGGAGGUGGAGCUGGAGCACGGCGGGGAUGAAGGCGGCGACAGAGGGAGCGAGUCCUCCUCCUCCUCCUCCAAGAGGAGCUUCGGCGCUUCUUCGGACGCAACCGUCAGCAGCACACCAAGCAAGCUGCAAGCCCUGAGGUUUGCAGAGGACCUCUCGCUGCCGUCGGUGCAGGUGGUGGUGAUGAGCGCCAACAUGGGGUGUUCGCACUGCCGGCAGCGGGUCGCCAACGUCGUCUCCAAGAUGAACGCAGGCCUGCUGGACUACAUGGUGGACUUCGGGAAGAAGGAGGUGACGGUGCGCGGGAAGGUGGUGCAUACCAAGAAGAAGAAGAAGAGGCACAUGAGGGCACUGCUGGGUGCAGCAGGAGCAGGUUGGGACGACGCCCGAUCGGCGGCGUCUUUGCCCGGCGGCCAUGCCAGGACGCUGUCCUGGUUUUGGGGGUGCUACAGCUCAUGACGGCCAUAGCUAGUAUAGUCUUUAUAUAAUACUAAUAUAUACCGCAUAUAUAUAGAGAGACUAUCAUACGUCUGUAUGUUACAUUUAUAUGUAACUAGUAGGAGCUGCGUAUAUAUAGUUGUUGUAUUAAUAAUCUGUUAGUAGUAAUAUAUUUCUUCUCCUGGUCCA